ACAAUCUUUUUCCAAAACGUCAUCGGACACGUCAAACACUCCGAAUUCGAAUGGGUGGAGAUUAGCGAUAAAAGCGAUAGUAAAACGGUGCGGUCAAAAAGUGUUACUUGUGCCGGCGAGUGAACGGCGUAGCUCCGGGGGAAUAUAGACUAUUGCAACCGAAGUCAUGCACACCCGUGUACACACACGCAGAAGGGAUUAAUCGCCGUGAUGUCAACGCCGUGCGACGCUCGCCGCAACGUGCGGAACCGCGAUCCAGCGAUCCGAUCCAGCGACAUAGUGUCGCGACACAGUGCCGGUGAAUGAGGGUGCGAGGGACGCAUACGGGGGGGGAAGACGACGGCCUUGAGGCAGGUUCGAACGGGAAAAUAUGGUGCACGAGGGCACGGGUCUAUGGCACGCGGCGGGAUUCAACGCAUCGAAGUGGCUGAUGAUCAUAAUACAUGGAUACCGGGUCACCACUCUCGUCCUGUACAUUCUGCUCAACGUACUGGUGCGCACCGAAUAUCCAAUGGCAGUAAUGGCAGAAGUAGUCGAUGUUAAUAUGAAUUCCUUGGACGAUAUGACGGGAAAGCCAUUAGAUGUUGAUCUGCCACCAACUCUGCCGAUGACCUUCGGUACAGAAAAUUCAACAUCGGUUUCAGCACAGUCAGGAUCCACAGCUCUGAUGCCUUGUGUUGUUCACAAUCUAGGAGAGGGCACGGUGUCGUGGAUCAAGCGAAAGAACGUACUGUUACAUGAACUAUUGACCGUAGGUCUGACGACAUACGCCAACGAUGAACGAUUUCAGGCAAUUCAUUUCCACCACAGUGAAGAUUGGACGCUUCAAAUAAAAUACGUUCAACCGAGGGAUGCUGGACUGUACGAGUGCCAAGUAUCCACUCAUCCGCCCACAAGUAUAUUUCUACUUCUUGAGGUCGUCGAAGCCAAAGCGGAGAUAGCCGGCCCGGUGGAGAAAUUUGUGAGGCCCGGUAGCACCCUGCAGCUCCACUGUCUGGUAAAGAAGUCCACGGAAGUGCCGUCGUAUCUCUUCUGGUAUCACAACUUUCGUAUGAUCAACUACGAUGUUGAUCAAGGCGUCAACGUUAGCACCGACCUUGUUAGCCGGGAGAGCUGGCUGGAAGUGCCAAGGGCAUCGGAUCGCCAUUCGGGUAAUUAUACUUGUGAGGCCAGCAACGCCCAACCGGCACGUGUCCUGGUACAUGUCUUCAAGGGCGACAAUCCGGCUGCCAUGCAGCACAGCAUGGCGUCAUCACCGUCAGUGAUGGCCUGCACCGCAUUGCUCAUCAUGUUUGUCACGCUUAAACUAGCUCUGCAGACGAACUGGAGCUUGUGACGUGUGUAAGUGCGACUCACAGAAACUUGGAAUAUGUGUUAGCAAAAUUGUGUAAUAUUGUCAUUUAUCGUGUUGCACGCGCGUGCGCGCGCGUGAUAUUCGUGUCGUGCGAGUGUGUACCCUACUUUCGAUCGUCGAAGUUAAAUAGAAUGGCCAUACGGUUAUGUUGGUAAAAACAUAUUUCAGUUAAAGAUUCAUCGUUGUUAUCGGAAUGGUGGCACCAAAACUCUUGGAGCUGCAAGAUUGGCUGUGAUUGAUUACUACCCGUUUUCAAACGAGCAACCUUAGUCGCCACCGGAGCAAAGUAACGCUAAAAGAUCAGCUAUGAUUAUUUGUGUCAUCGUGGGAGUGAAUUCAUUUAAUCCAUUAUAUGCACAUCUAAUCAUAGUUCGAUGGGGAUAUGCAGCAACGUAAUAUGCUAAUGCAAAGCAGUAUAUUUGUCAUCACUAUAAGAUUAGUAGUGAUCGAUGGCCCCUGUGUACCAACGAAUAUUUUCGAUCAGAAAGCGAUGGAUCUAACAGGAAGAUCAACAUAAUAAAAAUAAUGAUAGCUCAUAUUCUGUGCGUAUAUAUUCGAACAGUCGUCUGUCGAAUACAAAAAAAGUUGAAUGCUAGUCUGGAAUAAAGUACCAUCAUAACUAUCAUAUGAGUCACACUAUAUCAUCCAUUCUUCUGUCGAUCGAUCGCUUACAUUCCGUGUCGCAUGCUGGAACGAGAAAUAUUAGGUCAUAAUGCGGACAGGAUCGGCAGUGUCAGAUUAACUUCCUAACUGAGAUUACGAUCUAUCGUGAUUACGACUUUCGUGUUCGCAAUAGACAAAGACGGAUAGUUGUCAGUUCGCAACUAAUACGAAAAGUUUGGCGUUUGCUGUUUUGAUAAACCGGAACUUGUAUGCGCACGUGCGAUACGUGUGUAUACAUGUGCCAUUCGUUAGAUGAUUUCUGCACAAUAUUUAUCUGCUCGUACUUUAUCGGGCAACGUGAUACGUAUGUAAUUUAGUGUUAAGUUUAAAUCGAUUGAGGAUAAUUAUGAACGCAACAUACAUUAUACUGUGCGUUUGUUCUUCUUAUGUCGCAUGUAAAAGUAAGAUUGAUUAAGUGCGGAUCUAAACUAUCCAUGAUACGUCAUAUUGCGGAUGCAUGAUUAUUAACCUUAAAGUACCGAUAUGCAUUCGUUAUUAUAAUGGAUCCCAUCGUUAAUUGUCCGAUACCGCCGCUGCUUUACUUGAUCUGUCAUAAAUAUAUUUGCGAAUGAAAUACAACUCCGCAAAGUUAGGAAAGUAAUAUCUUUUCUCACGGACGGCCUAAGAUACUUUAACGACAAGUUAAUGACGGUUAACGAAAAAGUCUGGUGCAAUAUUAUCUUCCUUUCAGGGAAGUUCCAAGCAACACUUUGAUAAGUGGUAAAUGGACCCGAGUGAAAGUAACAUUGAAACUAAACAAACACUAAACUUGCUAAACUGUAUGUUUUGUAGAAAGACGUUCGUGCGAAUAUAUUAUACGUUCCAGGAUGCGAAAUUAUAACAUUUUUUUAUAAUUAAAAGCUCCUCGAAAAACUACUACUAAAGAAUCGCAUCAAAUAGGCAAAGUGUAUUUUUGCGUUUGUGAAGAAGUUAAAUCCAUUAAAUAAAAAAUACACAAGUAUAAUGUUUUUGUAUAAUAUUUUUGGAAUACGAAUUUGCGUGCUUGUUAUCUAUAAAUUUAAAAAUACUUACACUAUAAAAAAAUAUUAUUUUAAAAAGACUGAAAGUAUACACAGAUUUAUAUGUAAGAGCAAUCAGUGAAUGCGAUAAAUUUCCGUCUCUUGAACGUCAACAACGAUGUGAUUGGUUUAAAUAACAUUAUACAUAAUUAACGACGCGCGACGGUAAUAAGCGCACCGAAAUUGCGAUACUGUUACUUAUUUCAUUUUCAACUACCCCUAAUUAGAUGCAACAUGCGUAUACAUUCAGUAUACAUCUCACUGUUCUCGCUGAAUACUCGAGACAAAAGUAAUGUGUUUAUCUGUUUGAGUAGAGAGAAAAUGUUCUUUUUUAAUCGACGAGCAGUAUCCAUACCGCGCGACCUAUUUAAUGUAACUGAUAUGCUAUGCAGAAAGAGUACGAUGCCUGAUGCGCUUUGUCGAUAAUAAAGUGUAAUUCUUAAAUCGAUCUAUGAAUUUCACUGAUCAAUUUUUUGAGGAUGGGAGUUUUCUAACAAAAUUAUUUAUGAAAGAUUUUGUAUAUGAAAUCGUUAAAUUCGAUUUUGGCCUCAAAAUUUAAAAAUUCAAAAUUAAACAUAAUACCAAAAUAAUAAACAAGACAGAUCAAAUAUAAUAAAAAAUAACAUAAUUAUCAUAAAAAUUGAUUUUAGGUAUUCUUAAACAUUAAGUAGUUAAACAGUUCGAACGCUUCAAACCUCAAGAUUGAACGUCAAUCAAAUGUGUACAAGAAUUGUUUGAAAAGUUUGGUAAAUGUAAGAUGUCAUUAAUUCAUUAAGUGACAUCACUUUUAGUAAGCAUCAUUGUUCGUGACCUUUGACAAAGUUUAAACCAGAUAUGACGUAGUUAACGUUUGAUAGUCAUCUGAAUCGACCACUUUUGCAUUUGUCAUAAUGAAAAAAAAAGUUGUAUUAGGUUUUGAGUUUAUUCCUCGUCUACUCUGUUUUCUGAUUUUGACCCCGUGCGAUUUCUUCCUGUUCCCGAAGUUAAAAAUUUGGUUCAGUGGAAAGAUGUGAAUGAGGAUGUUUUAGAUGCUGUCAAAGACUAUUUUGUAGAAUUUGACAAAACUUGUUUGGGAUAAAAAAUUAAAAACUCGAUAGAUCAAGUGUACAGUUUUAAUGGAAACUAUGUUGAAAAAUAAAACUAAUUAAAAAAAUA